ACCAAAUAUGGAAAAAUCACUCGUGUUCCAGAUCGUUACACAAUUGAGGCAGAGUAUAUAUACGGAUCACCUUAUCAUAUUAAAAAUAAUAAGCUGAUGUCAAACUUAAUUGUCCCUAUUAACAAUAUAAAUAAAUGUGAAAUCAAUGCCGCAACUCGAUUACAUGAAAAUAAAGUGGUAAUAAUUUAUAAUAAAGGCAUAAUGAGCUUUAAACGCUUUGGCAUGCCAGAGGUAGCAUCCAAUGGCUAUCGUGUCAGGUUCCAUACUCCAACGGUGCCUGUUUUCCCAGUUAUAGCUGGAUAG